AUGGUCCUCCCGUCCGAAGUUCGACAUGCUAUCAUGUCGUUAAGAAAUCGCAUGGAACCCGGUCCCGACAGGCUGAAUCUACAAGAGACAAUGCUCAUGCGGAACGGAUGGAUCUCGGAUGCCCCAUUCAUGCUCAAUGGAACGAACAUAUCCGAAUGCAGCAGAUGCGAAUAUCUGGGUCAGGAAGUGAGCAUGAAGAACGACCUUAUCCCUCAGCCGGGCAGGAGGAGACGAGCGGCUUGGGGAGCGUAUAAGAGCAUCGGGGAUGUAGUGAAAAAGACCAAGAACACCCGGCUCCGUGCUCAUCUCUUCAACACCACCGUACUUCCUGCUUUGACCUUUGCUUUGGAAACCUGGGCAUCCCGCAAGCAGCAAGAAAAUGCGCCCAUUAUGAUGUACGGAUCGGAGACUUUGGCAGCACCGUCUACGGUGAUGAAGAGGCUUGACGGAAAGGAAGCUGCUCUGAUGGCUGUUUGGCUACUUUUGGUCUAG